AUGAAUGAAGAAGAUUUACGAUUGGCAAAAGUUCUCGUGAACAUGGAUUUAAACAACAAAGAUAAUAACGUGAGGAAAACCGUCGUUGGAAAAGUUAAGGAAAAGAUUUUCAGUUUCCAGGAUUGCGAUUCCCUACUGCGAUCAAGGUUGAUCCAACCUUGA